AUGGUGUUUCCCGAGCUGCGUUCUACAGAAAAUUACGCCAUGAAGAAUCCAGCCAUAGCUUCAGAUCUCAGCCAGUUGUCGCUGUGUUUUUUCAUCAAACUUUUUCAAGACCAAGGGGAUCAGAUAGUCGUCAGCUAUGCCCGUGAACAUGACAAUGAUAUGAUCGUCGAGAUUUAUCCAACACAAACAGAUUUUUAUGUUGACUUCAAGUUGUUCCGGUAAUGCUGCAUAUAUUUUUUCGAAGUCGGUUGGGGAAUUUUUUAUUCGAGUCAUGAUAAGUCAUGUUACAGGAAAUGCUACGAUUGGCUUCUUCCUAACGCUUGGAGGGAGGGAGAAAGUUGAACAUACAAACAAACGAAAAUCCUUGGCUUCUUUCUCUUUUCUUAUCAUAAUUUAAAUACCAAAUAUGUUAAUCUUUGACCAAAACAAAUCUAGACGUAUUUUCCUUACGCUUUGCAAAUAACUAUUCGGGUCUUUUUUUUUUUUUAAUUUGAUUUAGAUCACUAUGCUCAGUAGGGCAUAAUAGUCGUCUUUGCAGUGACGGGGACUCGCUUAAUACGGUUCUAGCCAUAAAAGUAUGAGGUUUCUUAACCGACCCAGCUUUCAAAAUAGUAGCUUAGAUGAUACUUUGAUAUAGCGGAGAUAAAAUUACCUUAGUAAGCAUUUUAUGAGAGAGACGUUUUUCGUCUUGUCACGAGCGUGGGACAAAGAAAAAAUUCUGAGUUCCCAUGAGGAAUCGAACUUCAGACCUUCGGACUCCGCGUUCCGAUGCUCUACCACUGAGCCACAGAGACGCUACAAUGAGCGAAGUCUCUAUUUUAUAAGUAAUUGCAUGAAUAAGAGAUUAACUGAAAGAAUGAAAACACUGAACGAAUCGAAGCCUGAAUGUAUGAACGAUUAAGUCAUUGAUAAAAGAUUGAUUGACUGAUUGAAAGUUUACUGACUGUUUUACUGAUUGACUUGCUGACGGGCUGACUGACAGAUUGACUGACUGACAGGCUAAUUAUAUGUUGUUAUAAACUGACUGACUACUGACUGACAGACUGAACGACUCUACUGAUUGACUUGUUGACAAUGGAAAAGGAGGGUCUUGAAUGACCAGAUAUUUUAAUAUUGUUUUGUUUUGUUUUUUGUUUUUGUUUUUAUUUGUUUUUAAUUUUUUUUUUUAGUUUUACCUCGACAAAUCUCUACGAUGAUACCUGGCAGCACGUGUGUCUCACCUGGGAAAACACUCAAGGAGUAACGAAACUCUAUAAAGAUGGCCAAUUUACCGGACAGGUAACAAAUAAUGCCACUGAGAACUAUACACUCAAGGCUGGCGGCGCUCUGGUGCUUGGACAAGAGCAGAACUCUAUUGGCGGAGGCUUUAAUCGUAAGCAAACUCUUAAUGGCCGAUUGGCAAGUAUCAACAUGUGGGAUAAAGUGCUGUCCGAAAGCGACAUUGCCGCUCAGUACACAAAUUGCAGCGUACCUCAUGGUUCUGUUUUUAACUGGUCUGUAUUCAAAAGUCUUACUCAUGGCAAUGUCACAGUUGAAGAGCCGUGA